AUGCCAGCGACUGAUUUUCAAGGAUCAUUUGGAAGGUCGUUGCUAAGUUUACGGCGAGACCCAGUUGACUCUACCGCAACAACUAGCCACCACCACGAGCCAACCAACAUGGAAGUUGAGCUCGAUUCCUUCCAGAGACAAGUCGCCGAGAAAUUCAUCGAUCUCAACGCUGCUUCCGGUGGAGAUAAUAACGAGCUUCUCUCUCUCGAAUGGAUCGGAAAGCUCCUCGAUUCGUUUCUCUGCUGCCAAGAGGAGUUUCGAGCUAUCGUCUUCAACCACCGAUCGCAGAUCUCCAAACCUCCGAUGGACCGUUUGAUCUCCGAUUACUUCGAGCGGAGCAUCAAAGCCCUCGACGUCUGCAACGCAAUCCGCGACGGGAUCGAACAGAUCCGCCAGUGGCAGAAACUCGCCGACAUCGUAAUCUCGGCUCUAGACAGCCACCGUCCGAUCGGAGAAGGACAGCUCCGGCGAGCGAAGAAAGCUCUGAUCGAUUUAGCAAUCGGAAUGCUCGACGAGAAAGAUCCUUCCUCCGGAGCCAACCUAGCGCAUCGCAACCGUUCGUUCGGGAGAAUCAAAGACAACCACAGUCACCACCACCGUUCGAUUGGGCAUUUCAGAUCUCUCUCGUGGAGUGUCUCCAGGUCUUGGUCAGCUUCUAAGCAGUUGCAAGCUUUAGCGAGCAACUUAGCGACGCCGAGACCAAACGACGUCGCUGCGAGCAACGGUUUAGCUGUACCGGUUUACACAAUGACGUCGGUUUUGCUUUUCGUCAUGUGGGUUUUGGUCGCUGCGAUUCCUUGUCAGGAUCGUGGACUGCAAGUGAACUUCUUUGUGCCGAGGCAUUUCCAGUGGGCAGCUCCGGUUAUGUCGCUGCACGAUAAGAUUGUGGAGGAGUCGAAGAGAAGAGAUAGGAAGAAUUGUUGUGGGUUGCUUAGGGAGAUUGAUCGGAUUGAGAAGAGUUCGAGGUCGAUGAACGAAUUGAUCGAUUCGAUUCAUUUUCCGUUGACGGAGGAGAAGGAAGUUGAGGUGAAAGAGAGAAUGGAGGAGCUUGUGCAGGUUCAUGAAGCUUUGAAAAAUGGUUUGGAUCCGUUUGAGAGGAAAGUGAGAGAAGUUUUCCAUCGGAUUGUAAGAAGCCGAACAGAGAGUCUUGAUUCUCUUUGA